AUGGGCGCCAACCCUGUUCUAGGUUGGGUUAUCUCGCGUGGAAUGGACAACCUCGUGGUUUGUGUGGUUGAAGCGAAGAUUUGCCGGAGUUAUGAGACCUUAAGCCCGUGGCCGAGCAAGAGGGCAAGCCUACUGUCGGUCUUUGGGCUGUCAAGUGCCAACGACGCAAGUACCAACCGCGAGAUGCUUACUGGCGAUACUUGCAGACGUCGAACGGGUGAAGUACUGGAUGAGGGUAGCAAAGCGAUGAGUGUGAGGUAUGGUGUCGCUGAACCAGACUGCCCAGUGGGAACCACAGCGGACGGAGGUUUUGAUGGAAAUAAGUCGACCGCCGUGCUGUGCGAAUCAGAGCCUGAGGAUUUGAACGUGGGGGUGGAUAGCAAGCCAGACGUGGAUAAGAUUCGGAAUGCCGACAAAGUGUCGCUUGAAGCAGACACGGUGGAUGCCAGCGGUUUGAAAGCGGGGGUGUCGCGGGACUUCUUUGGAGGAGUUGAGGACUGGACGUAG